AUGUCCACGAUUACUACCACAGCUCUGCAGUCGGGCCACGCGCCCAUCAUCCCCCUCUCCUUCAACUCCAACCAACCGGAGACGAUCCGCCUCUACCCUCUCUCCAACUACACCUUUGGCGUCAAGGAGACCCAGCCCGAGGAGGACCCCUCCGUGAUCGCCCGUCUGAAGCGUCUCGAAGAACACUACAAUGUGCAUGGCAUGCGUCGCACCUGCGAGGGCAUCCUCGUCUGCCACGAGCACAACCACCCGCACAUCCUGAUGCUGCAGAUCGCCAACGCUUUCUUCAAGCUGCCUGGCGACUACCUCCGGCCGGAGGACGACGAGGUCGAGGGUUUCAAGGCCCGCCUCGACGAGCGUCUUGCGCCCGUAGGCAGAAUCGGCGAGGGUGAGGAGCCGGCGGACUGGCAGGUUGGCGAUUGCCUGGCGCAGUGGUGGCGCCCCAAUUUCGAGACGUUCAUGUACCCGUUCGUGCCUGCGCACGUAACUAGGCCGAAGGAAUGCAAAAAGCUUUACUUCAUUCAGUUGCCUAAAAGCAAGGUGCUUAGCGUACCAAAGAACAUGAAGCUUCUCGCUGUUCCCUUAUUCGAGCUCUACGAUAACACUGCAAGAUACGGACCCCAACUUUCGGCAAUCCCUCAUCUUCUCAGCAGAUACAACUUCGAAUUCGUCGACGAGAACGGCAACAUCGUGGCUGUCACGCCGGGCUCCAGCGCACCGGAAGGAUACGUGCCCAGGAUCAAGGUUCUGGCUGGCGAUGACACGGAUAUGCAAGAGGCAAAGGAUGAGAAUGGCGAGCAGUAG